AUGGCGCAGCCCAACGCGCCCCCUCCCUACGAUGACAAGAACCCCCUCUACCCCCCACCCCCCGGGGUCUACCCCCAGCCCACCCACUAUGCUGGGGGGUACCCGCAGCCUGGGGGAUACCCUGUAGCAGGGGGAUAUGCGCAGCCCGGGGGAUACCCUGCAGCAGGGGGGUACGUGCAGCCAGGGGGGUACCCCCAGCCGGGGAUGGCCAUGCCCACCAUGCCUAUUCGGUUCGGUGACGAUGGCAUUGGGGACAGCUCCCCCCUCCAAUCAGCCGACUGGGACAACAGGAAAAUCCGGCACACCUUCAUCCGCAAGGUCUACGCCAUCAUCUCCCUGCAGCUGCUGGUGACAGUGGGAAUCAUUGCCGUGUUCACCUUUGUGUCCCCCGUCCGCUCCUUUGUCCAGAGAAACGUUGCCAUCUACUACGCCUCGUAUGCCGUGUUCCUGGUGACCUACCUGGUGCUGGCCUGCUGCCAGGGUCCCCGGAGACGCUUCCCCUGGAACAUCAUCCUGCUGAGCAUCUUCACGCUGGCCAUGGGAUUGAUGACGGGGACGAUUGCCAGCAUGUACAGGACCAACGCCGUCCUGAUCGCCAUGCUCAUCACCGCCAUCGUGGCAAUCAUUGUCACCAUCUUCUGCUUCCAGACCAAGGUUGAUUUUACAUCAUGUCCGGGGCUUUUCUGCGUGCUGGGCAUCGUGGUCAUGGUGACCGGGAUCGUCACCGCCAUCGUCCUCUCCUUUAAAUAUGUCCCCUGGCUCCAUAUGCUGUAUGCGGCCAUCGGUGCCAUCGUCUUCACUCUGUUCCUUGCCUAUGACACCCAACUUGUGCUGGGGAACAGGAAGAACACACUGAGCCCCGAGGAGUAUGUCUAUGGCGCCCUCACCAUCUACACUGACAUCAUCUACAUCUUCACCUUCAUCCUGCAGAUCGUGGGCCGGGAUUAGUCCCGGGACCCCUCCUGUCCCCCCCCUGCUGCCCCUCACCCCCUCCUCUGGCCUCUGUACAGGCCACAGCCACUUACCAUGACUCCUAACGCUUAGGCAUCCCUACCUGUAGGCUGCUAAGGAAAGGGCUUCCCUUUGAUCACCCCCCACAAGGCUCCAAGGGUGGUGGUGGGGGACCAGCUGCCGGUGUUUGGGCAGUGCCCAGCCUUGGCACUGCUCAUUGAGGCUGUGCCGGCGGUUCCAAGCUGGCAGUGGAGCGCCACGGUCUGGCCUGGGCGCAGGGAGCUGGCAGCGGCUGCUGGGAUCGUGUUGGGAUUUUUUUGGCAGAGCCCAGUUGGUGUCAUUCACUCAGUGCCUUAAACGCGGCUCCGGCCAUGGCCCCCUCCCCAAGCUGGGGUGGUGCCUGGUGCAGGCGGGGGCCACCUGGGGCCCCCAUGGUGGGACUCAUGGCAGAGCUUGUGUCGUAGAGGCCCCGCAGCCACAGAAGCGGGCAAAGUUGCACUUGCUAAAUAAAACACUUUAAUUUUCCAGACAGUCCCAGUCUUAAUGGUGUGGCGACUCCCCCAAAAAAACUGUGGGCAGCCUCAGCGGGGGCUGCGGCCUGGGACAGUGCAAACCCUGCUUUGAAGCAGAAAAGCCAAGGUUGAGCUGCUCCAGGCCUGGCCUCCCCCGCAGCCCGUACUCCCCCCGUCCUUGUGGGCAGGAUCCCAGCUGUGGAGCAGCUGGGCCCCCCCUGCUGUGGGGGCAGGCAAAACCUGGGCCUGAGCGCUGAGCGUGCGGCUUCAGUGGCACUGAGCUGUUCCACUCACCAGGGACGAGGUUUAUUUGUCCCCAUCCAGCCCCACGACCGCCCCACAGGGCCAACAUCCCCUCAGCCGAUCCCUUUGGGGUGCCACAGUGCCAGGCUGGGGGCGGG